AGACUUUUCCCUGUGGAGCUGGAGAAGAGGCUUCAAUGAGAACUGCCUGUUUGCAGCUAUAAGGAGAUUGCCAGCACCACAAUCACUGUUUCCUCAGCCUGACCUGGAGCAGAAACUCCACCAGCAGGAUGGAAAGGUAGCAUUAUUGCCUAGCAAAGGUGGGAUGAUUUAUCUCUGUCUCUAGAYUGGUCCCUUUUCUUUGCUGUACAAGAGAAUUAUCAGACUUUCAAAGAGAAUGAAGCCAGGCUAGAAGUCAGAGUGGAUGUGCGAAAGCUGCUUUCCCAGGGAGGAGAAGGAAUCGCAGGAUUUCAGUGCUUUUUGUGGCUGUGCAGCUCAGAACGAUGGUUUUAUCUGCCCCAGUUAUUGCCCUGGGGGCUACCUUAGGGACUGCAACUAGCAUCCUUGCCCUCUGCGGUCUCACCUGCUUCUGCAAAUGCAAGCAAGCUGGGAAAGGACUCUCAGAAAAAGACCAAGAUGAGGAUGUGGAAAAUGGUAAACCCAGUGUGCUUCAGCCAGCCCAGCAAUUCAGCGUUAACAAGACUGCAGAACCAGUCCAGCCUCGAGCACUCUUGAAGUUUCCCAACAUCUAUGGCCCCAAACCAGUAGUAACUUCACCUGAAGUUGUUAACUACACACAGUACUCCCUGAAGACAACAGAAGAACCAAUUACUGGAAAACAUACUGGUUUGGAUGAGAACAGAAUGAAGAUACAGGUCAAUGAAGAGCUGUUUGUUCUCCCUCAAAACGUUCCAGGUGUGGUAAAGGAUGUGUGUGUCACGGAGCACCUGAACCCGGAGAGGGCAGCCAGCUGCAACCAGGUCCCUGAGCUGCACUACUCCCUUGCGUACGACCGACAGAAAGCAGAGCUGCGUGUGGCCCUUCUUGAAGCAAUGCACGGAAGGGUGAGCGGGGACCAGGACACUGGAUGCCAUUGCUAUGUACUGGGCUCRCUGAUGAGCAAGUCUGGUAUGGUUGAAGCCCAGACAGAGCUAAAGAAGAAGAUGCUCCACACUCUCUGGGACGAGGUCCUGCUGUUCCCAUUGACGGAGGAAGAGGUGCCAGAGGGAACCCUGACUCUCACCCUGAGGAACUGCGACAAGUUCUCGAGACACAGCAUUGUGGGUGAACUCAAACUGAGCCUUGCUGGCAUGGAGGACUCCUCUGGGAUGGCCCAGUGGGAAAAGCUGAAGAUUCCAGAGAAGGAGCCAUCUACAGGCCAUGGGGAGGUUCUGCUUUCCAUCAGCUACCUGCCAGCAGCCAACCGCCUGCUUGUGGUGAUCAUUAAGGCUAAAAACCUGCAUUCCAAGCAGCUAAAAGACCUACUGGGAAAUGAUGUUUCUGUCAAGGUGACACUGAGGCAUCAGUCCUUGAAGCUGAAGAAGAAGCAGACAAAACGUGCAAAACACAAGAUCAACCCUGUCUGGAAUGAGAUGAUCAUGUUUGAGGUCCCUCACGAGCUGCUGCGUUCCUCUAGCGUGGAGUUAGAGAUGCUGAGCCAGGAUGGUGUGGGGCAGAGCCACGUACUUGGCAAGUGCAGCCUUGGCCUGCAUGUUGAGGGCACAGAGAGGAACCACUGGGAAGAAAUGCUGAGAAACCCCAGGAGACAGAUAGCCAUGUGGCACCAGCUCCACAUGUAGACACACAGGGUUACUGCCAACCAGAUUUCUGCCAGGCCCCUGAGCCUGAGGAAAUUGCUGUACUUCACCUUCCACCUUCACAUCCACAGAAUGGCCAGGCACAGCCUUCUUUCUACGCCACCUCCUUGGUUUCCUACCAGAAGAAUGUCUCAUGCUAGCCCAGGAAGUAGACUGACAAAUUCAUUUAAGGGACAAUCUCCUGUUUCGUCAAGUGGUUCUCUCAAACAAGGGAUUUCACUGUGUUGUUUUGAAUUUUAUCAGACUGCAUGCUGUCAUUUCCAUGUAGUUUCUAAAGAGUGUAGCUCUGUUUCAGUGAAAUGACUAAACCAACCCAAGGAAGGGGAGCGGGGUUAUUCCUUCCUUGGGUAGAAAAUGUGAUCAACUCCUUGACAUCUGGUGUUGUCACCCAAGUCCCUUUGUGAGGGCUGGCUCCAUGAUCRCAAACAUGCUGCAGCCAUUUUGCUAAUCACUGUUUUUCAUAAUGCUUUACAGGACUGUGAGAUUUAUUCACAAAACUAACUGCUAAGCCAAAGUAGCAGUAUGAAAGAGAGAGUAAAAUCAGGUGGAAGCAUAGUCUGAUAUACAUUAAAUGGAUACCUAGAAAGGAGAAAGAACUGAGAAAGAACAAUGUAAGAAGAUGUAAGACAAAGUCAACCCCAUCAUUCUGUGUAGCCUUGGAAGCAAACACUGCCAAACACUAUGUCAAAUACCUUCCUACAAUUUUGUUUUCUGGAGUGUUGGAUAUUUUGGAUUUAGGAUUGCUGAAAGACACUAAAAAUGUGAAAAUUUCAGAAUCCUUCAACAGAAUGAUCAUGUCUUCUAUCCUGUUUUCUACAAUGUCACUUAGACUCUCAACAUAGAUAAAUAGUUUCUGUUGGUGUUACCUCCAAACCUUGGGUCAAAUCCUUCUGCUUAGUGCCAUCUUUCCUGUCUGGGAAUUUCUGAGCUGGACAAACUUCAGAUACUCAUAAUAUAUUUCAGGAAGCAUCCGAGACUAAACAAAAGAAGUGAGAAUAUUUCUUUCUUCAGCAUUUAAUUAAUGGUUUUGGUGUGAUGGUUAGCAAUCAGACUCCAACCCUCCUAGUAGGACUUCGAAGAACUGCCAUGUGUUUCAUUGCCUCCAAACAGAGGAAUUCAUUGACAGGCAGAUUCCCCAUGACUUGUUUGUUUUUUGUGUGGUGUGCACUUUCAAGAUUUGAUGUGGUUUAAAUGUUACUGUUUUUUUAAAAAAUGUUACUGUCCUUUUGGUGUCUAAAUGGGCUGAAAACUGCCAUUGGCAGUGGUGAUGUUAUGACCCUACGAGCGCACUGUUUGUUCUGCCACUUGAUAUCAAGUAGUAGACACAGCUUUAAGGGACUUGCAUGACAACAAGUCAUGUGAAAGUCUGAAAAGAGGACCAUAUGGUUUUUAGCACUGCAGAACUCAGAUAAUAGCAAAAAUACGUUGCUGCCCACUUCAUUUUUGCAGAACCAGCUUAAUCCUGCAUUUAAUUCUUGAGCUGCACUAGGAAGACAGUUACCAGCAGGUUGAGGGAAAUGAUCAUUCCCUGCUACCCAACACUGGUGAGACCACAUCUGGAAUGCUGGGGCCAGUUCUGCGCUCUCCACUGCAGGAAAGAUGUGGACAUACUGGAGUGAGUGCAGUAAAUGACCAUAAUGAUUAAGAGGUAGGAGCAUCUGACAUAUGGAGAGAGUCUGAGAGAGCUGGGUCUGUCUACGUAGAUGAGAGCGAGCUGAGGGAAGGUCUUAUCAAUGUGUAUAAAUAUCUGAGAUAGGGGAGUAAAGAAGCUAGAGCCCUACUCUCCUCAGCAAUAAGCAACAGGCACAGACUGCAAUACAGGAAAUUCUAUUUAAACGUAAGAAAACACUUUUUAAAAAAAGACUGUGGUCAAACACUAGAAUGGGUUGUCCAGAGAGGUUGUGGAGUCUCAAUCCUUGUAGAUAUCGAAAAUCUCACUAGAUAUGCCCCUGAGCAACUUUGGUCUAGGUGACCCUGCGUUGAGCAGGGAGGGUUGGACUAGAAGAUGUGCAGAGCUCCUUGCUAAUUGCAGAUUUCUGU